AUAACCACAUUGAAAAACUGCGACAAUUGGCGUAAAACACGCGUUGCAGCACGGUAGUUGGUCAUGUGGCAUGCCACUGUGUGCCCAGCCUGUGGCUUUGGGGCAAUGCAGAUCAGCUGCAGCAUUUUUUGUUUUUUGCUUUUUGGGACAAACUACUAUGAAGCUGUCUAGGUGCCACCUUCCAGUGCCUCCAUGAGCAUGUCUCAGUAUGACAGGAGGCAUACAGAGAUAAUGGAUUUUCUGACAAUCUCAACGCCGAGCGAUGUGACCACUAACACGUGGACCCUGGAGACAUCCGGUCCUCUCUAUCUUGACCUCAAUGUUACUUCCUCGCCUCCUUUUAACGGCUGCGACAUCAAAGAUGGAGUCCUGUCCUGGUUGCUUCCUGUGGUUUACUCAUUUGUUUGCGGACUUAGCCUCAUGAGUAACAUCUUGGCCCUGUUUGUCUUCUGGACCAAUUCCCAACGAUCUACCUCCAUGACUGUAUACAUGAGGAACCUUGCCAUAGCCGAUCUCCUCCUAGCCCUAUGCUUGCCGUUCCGCAUCGCUUAUCAGAACAACAAUGGCCCCUUGCUCUUGUGCCAUGUGAUCGGCGCCUUUUUCUACUUGAACAUGUAUGCAAGCAUCAUGUUCCUCAGCCUCAUCAGCAUGGACCGGUACCUCAAAAUAACCAGGCCUCUCCAGCAGUACAAAAUCCAUAGCGUCCAAUGGAGCUCUAGGGCGGCCCACGUGGUCUGGGUGAUCAAUGUGGUCUGCAUUGUACCGUUCUUAUUCGAAAACAAAGGAAAUGAACCUUGCGGCCAAAAGUGCUUCCACUUCAAGAAGAAGGGGACCGUAUCGGCGGCCAUCAACCUGACUGCGGUCCUGGCUUUCUUUGUCCUCCUUUUCCUCUUUGUCUAUUUUUACGCCCAGAUCUCUGCUAAGCUCCAUAGGGCGUCUUUGAUGAAGAACCAGCCCCAGACGAAAAGGAACAGUAACCGGGCCAUGAAGAAGUCCUUUGUGGUUCUGAUCAUCUUCAUUGUGUGUUUUGUCCCUUAUCACUUGGUCCGCGUGCCCUAUGUCCUGGCCCAGAUCAAUGUCAUCCCCAGCCUGUCCUGGAAACAGACUUUGCAUAUUACUAAUGAGUUAGUGCUGUGUUUAUCUACGCUCAACAGCUGCCUGGACCCUGUCAUCUAUUUCUUCUUGUCAGACAGCUUCAAACGAGUCGUAAUAUGCACUGUUCAGGGAAAGCUGAAACUCAUCAUGAACCAUCAGGAGAGAGCGUCGAACGGCAACAGAUCUGUCACUGAAAUGUGAAUCCGGACUCGGCAAUGUUUACUGUAACAACUGUUCCUCAGGGACUGGUCACCUGAAUAGACCCUGUGUGGGAUAUGGAAUGGGAAUGCGGACUUACGCAAUCUCACUUGUUAUUCCUCUGUGUACUAGAAGGACCUUAAAGGGGUACUCCAGUGGAAAA